AUGGAUGUGAAAGCGGGUGCGGAUGACGACUUCAACCUUGAAGAUGCUCUUGAUAGUGGAGGCAGCGACAACUCGGCGGGGAAUGACAGACAUAAGGAAGGACCACCAAAAGACUUCAGUUGGGUGGAGCCAUUUAAUCCGGAAGACGAUAAGGUGCGAGAAACGGUCAGCAUGGUCGAAUAUAUCGGGACUGAAAAGAAGUGA